AUGCCUUCGCCUUCCCCUCUCGGUCGGCUCCUCCAGGAGUCCUUCACUGCUUUUAUUUUGCGCGUUUCGUCUGAGAGACCCUUCAAUUCGCUAACUGCUGUUCCUUUAGUCGCAAGUAUGCUCAAUAAGCUGUCUGGACAGCCGGAGAGCUAUGAGAAAAAGGCCCUCUACACGUUUGGACGGACGCUGGGUGCAGGCACAUACGGCAUCGUUCGCGAGGCGGAAACCACGGACGGAAAAAAGGUUGCGGUCAAGAUCAUUCUCAAGAAAAAUGUUCGUGGCAAUGAGAACAUGGUCCAUGAUGAGCUUGAGAUGCUGCAAUCACUCCAACACCCCCACAUCGUCUCGUUUGUCGACUGGUUCGAAUCCAAGGACAAAUUCUACAUCGUUACCCAACUAGCCACUGGCGGUGAGCUAUUCGAUCGCAUUUGCGAGUACGGAAAGUUCACUGAGAAGGAUGCGUCGCAAACAAUCCGCCAGGUGAUUGAGGCCGUGGACUACCUGCACAAGCGCAAUAUCGUUCACCGAGACUUGAAACCCGAAAACUUGCUCUACCUCACCCGCGCCGCCGAUUCUGAAUUAGUCCUCGCCGACUUCGGCAUCGCCAAAAUGCUGCACAGUCCCUCUGAGGUCCUCACCAGCAUGGCAGGCUCAUUCGGCUAUGCCGCCCCUGAAGUCAUGCUCAAAAAGGGCCAUGGCAAAGCGGUCGAUAUGUGGUCCCUCGGUGUCAUCACCUACACCCUCCUCUGUGGUUACUCACCCUUCCGCUCCGAGAACCUGACCGACCUCAUCGAAGAAUGCCGAACAUGCCGCAUCAUCUUCCAUGAACGCUACUGGCGCGACGUCUCCCAAGAUGCUAAGGACUUCAUUCUCACUAUGCUCAACGCCGACCCCGAUAAGCGUGUCACAUCCGAAGAGGCCCUCAAGCACAAAUGGCUGACCGGAGAAUCUGCCAGCGACCGCGACUUGCUGCCCGAGAUCCGGGCUUACAUUACGCGCGCCCGUCUCCGCCGCGGAAUCGAAAUCGUCAAGCUGGCCAACCGCAUUGAGUCGCUCAAAAUGCAUGAAGAGGAGGGUGGUGAGGAUAUUCCUAGUCCUAUGGACAUGGUUCCUGGUGAUGCUGGUGAAAAGCCGGCGUCGGAAUCUAAUGGCGAUUCCAGUCCUGCCCCUAGCCACUCGAAGAAGAAGAGUCUUGGCAGUGCAGCUCACGGUGCUAUCUUCCGUGAGGUUGUUUUGGCCAAGGUACGUGAGCAGAAGGAGAAUGAAGAGCGUGAAAAGAUUGAGCGGGAAGCGAGGGAGAAAGCGGCUUCUGCUUAG